AUGCAAUUGAGUGAAUUGACCAUCCCUGGGAAACAAACUACAGAAGGUUUAGAAUUUCCGGAAAAGCUGCCCACGGCAGGAGACACGGCGGACGAGAAUCAGGGUCGUAGAAAAAUUUUCAUGGCAUCAUCAUCAUCAUCAUCAGCUCCUAGACAGCGUCCGAGGUGUACAUGUUCAAACCAUCCAGGUUCAGCACCAUGUAGCAGACAUGGUUACAUGAUACCCGGGGAGAAGAACAUGAGGAGAUAUAGUGCUAACAAAGAGAUAUUGAUGAGGGCAUUAACACCACCAAAUAGGAAGAUGACACUUCGGUGGUGGAACUUCAGGCCAACACCAAGCCGGCUUUCUAACAUGUCUAUGGCUUAA